AUGGAUGGAGAGAUUUUAAACAAUGUUAAAUUUUCCGAGUACUGGAAGAAACCUCACGAACAAUGGAAUUUUGAUACUUAUAGACUAUUUUAUCUUGAAAAACACCCUGGCGCGUCAAAGCAAACAAUACAUAGUAAUUUUGCGAUAGAACUAAAGAUUUUGAAUGAGAAUUUAAACCAAGGUCGAAGGAAAAAC